AUGCCUGCCGACUCCUCGGCAGUGUUCACUGUGACGCCGGCAGAGAAGGCGCUGUUUUCAGCCGGGCUGUCCUUUGCGCGCACCAAAAAGGUCCCGACGCCGCGGCAGGAGCGCGUUGACAGCAGCGGCAACAGUGGAAGCAUCAGUCACCGAUGCAUCCCGGCUGCAGAAUGCCACGAGGCAGACGUGACAUCAAACGCCUACACAUCUUUUGAAUCUUCCGUUGACUCGACCAACGGCAGGGGGACGCAGGAGCGUCAUCGCAUACGUCCGCUCUGCAGUUUUUUGGAACUUUACAGGAUACGGGCAUGUUUGGGACAUGGAAGUUAUAGCGUCGUUUUUGAGGUUGUAAACCGCAAAACUAAGGAACGAAAGGCUGCAAAGUUCCUUGUUUCAACCGACAAACUGCUCGCUGGAAGGAAAAGUGGGAACGAAGCCAGUGACGGCGCUGCUAAGGGAAAGACGGCAGUUGGGGGUGGAAGGCGUAUCAGUUGCAACACCAACACCGCGUUGAGGGCUCUUUCCGAGUCACUUGUGAAGGAAGUUGCCGUCUCGUUUAUGGCGGAUCAUCCUAAUCUGGUGCACACGACUGAGGUCUUUGUGGAGGAUGUGGAGGACUUGCGCCGACGCGUGCGGCGGUAUAACCCGCAGCUUUUAAUUGAAUCCUCUGCGUCUUCCAGCGCUUCUGCAAAGCGCAGGGUCAAGCAGGAGCCUGUCCUAGUUUUGACACAAAAUAAUACCGUGCCAACUCGUCGUUCCACGUUCUAUGACUCUGCUUCUCUUAGAAAUAAUGCAACUGGUGGUGUUCCGGAGCAGCGGCAGGGUGUGCUGCCCUCCGUGACCGUUUCUUCAGUGGUGGCGGAAUCCACCACCUCUGACACCAAUCGGUCAGCUAUUGCGAAUGCGAAGCGACAGUUGCAGGAGGGAAAGGUGCAAUGCAUUCUUGUGAUGGAAUUGUUGUCGGGCCAAGAACUCUUUACUAUAGUUUCUCGGGGUCCGAUCAACGAGGCAAGGGCGGCAUCCUAUAUGAUGGACUUGCUGUUGGCUCUUCAACACCUUCAUUCCAAGCAAAUUGUUCACCGUGAUGUAAAGGUGGAAAACAUUGUUGUUGAUCCUCAGGGUAAAGCACGCCUCAUCGACUAUGGGUUUUGUGAGGGAUUUCAUUGGCCGCGCAAGACUGCCGCAGGCAGCGGGGCAGACGCACAAACGAGGGGAGACGACAGAACCUUAACUGAAUUUUGUGGAUCUUGCCAUUAUAUAGCCCCAGAGGUUAUUCGGACUUCCAUCAUGCAGUCUCGGCUAUCUUCCACGUCGAGCGGUCCCAAGGCGCCCACCAGCUGUGCUGGUAUGAAGCUGCCUCCCAUAUUCACGGCGACAGACAGAAGGAUGGGUGGUAGCGCGACUACCCCGAACACGGUAGCUGAGAAUGAGAGGAAUAGGCUAGAGGUGCAGUCGGCCGCCUCCAUCCACACGCUCAGGAGACUUCUAUCGACUGGAAAUGUGGGAUACGGUACACCGGUCGAUUUGUGGUCGGCAGGCGUAGUGAUGUUUGUUCUCCUACACUCCAACUUUCCCUUUCAUGACACAAGCCGCUCGAAACUGCUCAAGUUGAUUAGCUCAGGCAAGCAACCAGUUCGGCCGUCUCCGCUACUCAGUAACGAUGCUAAAGACCUUCUACGACAACUCCUGACGCAUGAUGAUCGUCGUCGACUGACGGCAGCACAAGCUGUUGAGCAUGCAUGGUUCAAGCAGCUGCUGCGUAAGGAGGACAUAAAGAGGGCCGGCUCGGUUUAG